UUAUUUUAAUGAAUAUUAGUUAUAAUGAAGCCUAAUAAGAUAGCUGGUUUAAUCAUGGGACAUUUUGUUUAUAUAUAUAUAUAUAUAUUUAUUUUAAUGAAUAUUAGUUAUAAUGAAGCCUAAUAAGGUAGCUGGUUUAAUCAUGGGGCAUUUUGUUAACAGUUGGUGCAUAUAGGCCGCUUAUUGAAAAAGAACAAGAAAAAAUAGAAAUAAAAGCACAUGAUGUUGUCCUUUCAUUGGCACAAAAAAGCGUCCAGACAUAAUUUCUAAAUAAUGUUUUUUUUAAUUAAAGUUAAACAGAAAUAUGUCGCCUUUAAUACGCAGCAAAGCAAACAUUGCUUAUAUAAAUAUAUUAAAUGUAUAUGCUUAUAUUAAAUAUGGCAAAAUCACCAAACAUGGUGAUUUUGCCAUAUUUUUAAGAAAAUAAUAUACCUUUUACACAUUAAUAUCUUGUGUUUUUUUUGUUAUACGAACGAAUGUGCAUUAUGAUGAAGCUAAAAACUAGUCUAACUGCUCUUUUGCACUUUAAGAUUAUAACAUUUUAUGGUUGAGUGAUGGAAACAAAACCCCUCUUGUUGUUUUCCUCUAGAGGAGGCUUCUGCUAUUAUGCGCAAAGAUGGGCAGAACUGCUGCAGUCCAAAUUCCUUUUUUGUGCGAGGACAAUUUACAACUUGGUAAUAGACCUUUUUAUGUGCCUCCAUCGCCUGUCAUUGGAUGCCACUGGUCAUGUGUGAGAGGCAAACGUCUUCAUGGCUCUUUUCCUGAUUUCCCAGGCGAUUUUUUCUUCCCACUGCAUUCUGCUUCUAUAUGGCGUUCAAACCGAUGCUGCACGGUCGGGCUUUCUUUAAAAAAAAAAAAAAAAUUGCAUUCGUUUCAUAAACGUCUGAUCAGCACAUAUUUGCACCACUGAGCUGCUCAUUCUGCUGGAUGACAAGAGGAGCAACUUUCUACAUAUCUGACCUCUCCACACACACAACAGCAGCAGCAGCAGCAGCUCUUCACUGCUUCAUUAUCCAAAAAUGCUCUGCAGAGGUAAACCUCCAAGAAUCAACAUGGAUUACCUCCCAACUAUAGGUCGAGGUGGGAGCAGUGAUGAAUGCGUGAGGGAGAUAAAAGAGAUUUGCGCAGAUUUCGGUCACAGACUGGAGCAACGGUGGGAAACACCAAUCACGUGAAUAAACAACACCCAUGCCAUUGGAUAGAGUUGCACUGGCUUAUUGGCUUUGAAUCCAUAAAAAAAAAUGCAGAAAGCAACAUACUACGAUAACUCUGGACUUUUUGGAAGCUACACCUUCCCCAAACCAGACUCUUACAACUAUGGCCCAGCUCACCAGUCCUACCCAGCUUCUAGCAUUGACAAUGACUACCAGGCCUCAGUGUGUCCCAUCCAGACCUCCUCUGUUGUCACCAGGCCACCGACCCUCAAAGACAGUGACCUGAAUGGAGACUGCAUGCGUCAAAGCAGCAGUCAAAGCAGCAGCAGCAACAGCAGCAGCCAAGCCACCAGUAUUAUUGUGGAGCAGCAGGCUCCUCCACUGUCUGCAUCCUCUCCAGGCUCCAUCAGCUCUGCAGCCCAGAAGAAGAAGUCCCCAUCCGGCAACAGCUCUUCCAGUACUGCCACACCAACUCUCACCAAGCAGAUAUUCCCCUGGAUGAAGGAGACCAGGCAGAACUCAAAGCAGAAGGGCAACAACUGCACCAGUGCAGGUAGAGACCCUGAUGGUGGCGAGUUGAGUGAUGAGAAGAGCCCACCUGGACCAGCCUCCAAACGGGUCAGAACCGCGUACACCAGCGCGCAGCUGGUGGAGCUGGAGAAGGAGUUUCACUUUAACCGAUACCUGUGUCGCCCGAGGAGAGUGGAGAUGGCCAAUCUGUUGAAUCUCACCGAGCGCCAAAUAAAGAUCUGGUUUCAGAACAGGAGGAUGAAAUACAAAAAGGACCAGAAGUCUAAAGGGCUGGCUCACUCUCCCCUGGGACACUCCCCGGACAGGAGCCCGCCAAUGAGUGGCCCAAAUCACAUUGGAUACUCCGGCCAGCAGCUCCAAAACGUGAGCAGCCUCAGCUAUGACGCGCCGUCGCCUCCAUCCUUCGCCAAGCCGCAGCAGAACAUGUACGGCCUGGCCGCCUACACUGCACCCUUAGGCGGAUGCAUCCCGCAGCAGAAGAGGUACUCCGAGUACGACCACCACAUGCAGCAGAGCAACAGCAGCUUUGCCAAUGCAAAUUUGCAAGGCAGCCCAGUUUAUGUGGGUGGGAACUUUGUUGAUUCCAUGCCAGCCUCUGGUCCCAUGUUCAACCUGGGUCACCUUCCUCACCCAUCAUCCACCAGCGUGGACUACAGCUGUGCGGCUCAGAUCCCAGGAAACCACCACCAUGGACCCUGUGAUCCACAUCCCACAUACACAGACCUCACCUCUCACCAAGCGUCUCAGGGAAGGAUUCAGGAAGCGCCUAAACUCACGCAUUUGUAAUAAUAAUAAUAAUGUGGUUUUAUUGUGUGUGUGUGUGUGUGUGUGUGUGCGUGUGCGCGCGUGUGUGUGUGUAUGUGUGCCAAAAUUUAUGUUGCGCUCUUUUUUUAUUACCUCACUAGUCUAAUAACUACACUCCCAAGCGGAGUCGUGUUGUAUUAUUAUUACAGUAUUAUUGAUAUUACUAUUAAUGUGUAAUUAUUUUCUAAAUAAUAAUACAGCUUUUUGUCCAUUUCUGUUGAAUAUAUUUGGGCAGCCUGGUUGUUCCUUUUUUCUUUGUUUUGUUUUUUUCUCUCAAGUGCAAUGCGCAAUUUUUUUUUUUGACUGAAUAUUUCAUGCUGUUACUUGAAGGUAAGUCUUGUAGAAGAAGAAGAAGUAGAAGCUCAUCUUUAGGGAGAAGGACUUUUAGGGACAUUUUCUGUCCUGUUUUGUAUAGGAUCUCAUUCUCCUCACGGGCAUCCUAUUUAUUUAUUUUUGUAUUAUUUUUUGCAUAAUCUUUUCAUACUAGCAUAUAGCCUAUUUAUUAUUUAAUUACUUUUUGUAUUGCACAUUAUUUAUCGUUUAUAUGCGAGUAUUUAUAAGUGUGGAGUUUUUGUUUUUUUUGUAAGAUUGGACAGAUCAGUGCACUUGGAAAGUGUUGGCAAAACAGGGUUUGAAAAAUGCUAUUGACUCGCAGUGUAUUGUUGAAAAAAGAGCAUUUCUAAUUGUAAAUCUGGGGAUAAAUGGGACAUCUGAUAGUGUAUAAACACCACUACGUGUCCAUGGUUAAUCUUGUGUCAAAACCUAAAGCAAAACGUAGACUAUCGAGAAAUAUUAUACACACCAGCAUGUCAUUUCGUGUAGUCCAUUACUAUUUUUGAUUUGUCUUCCAUUGUUAUUCCAUUCAGUUGGAUAUCCAUAAAUUUAUGAAACCCCUAAUGAUAUUGAAAUGUUAUAUUUUAUUGUGUUUAACAUUUUGUAAAUAAAGUGCUCAAACUUGU